AUGCUCGCCAGGGCGUUGAUUCGACGAAGACAGGCGGUGACGACGCUCGCGGCGCCGAGCCGGGCGCGGUCGACGCGAUCGAGGGCGCUGUUGGACGAACUCGGCGCGGGGGCGGUCGCGGCGGAAGGGGUCGGGCGCGCGCGCGGGUCGUCGAAGAAUGCGUUCGUGCGAGCGACGACGGCCAAUGGGAAUGAAACACUCGCGAGCGCGGGUGAUGGAGGGAGCACGUCGUCCGCGUCGUCGUCGUCGACGACGAGCGGAGGAAUCAUGGUGAGCGCGGCGCACCCGAGCUCGCACCCGCAGGUGCUCGCGGUGCCUUUGCCCAGGAGGCCGCUCAUGCCGGGAAUAAUCAUGCCGGUCAAGGUGACGGAUGAGAAGCUCAUCGCCGAGCUAGAAGACAUGCGAAACCGCGGUCAGGCGUACGUCGGGGCGUUUUUGAUGCGGAGCGAGGGAUCGUCCUCGUCCUCGGCUGCGGGGAAAGAGGAGGACGCAUUCGACGCUCUGACGAAGCGAACCGUCGCCUCCGUGGGUUUGGACGGAGAGGAGGAGGAGGGCGCGGAUCCGUCAGAUCACAUGCACGACAUCGGGACAUUCGCGCAAGUGCACAAUAUCGUGCGCCUUCCGGCAGACUCACCGAACGGGGAGGAGUCGGCGACGCUGCUGCUCCUCGGUCACAGGCGCCUGAGAAAGCUCGGCACGAUGAAGCGAGAUCCUUUGGUCGUGCAGGUGGAGCAUCUCAAGGAUGAGAAGUUCGAUGCAAACGACGACAUUAUCAAGGCCACGACGAACGAAGUCGUGGCGACGAUUAAGGAUCUUCUCAAGACGAAUCCGCUGCACAAGGAGACCCUGCAGUACUUCGCGCAAAACUUUAAUGAUUUCCAGGAUCCGCCGAAACUGGCCGAUUUGGGUGCCUCCAUGUGUUCAGCCGACGAUGCGCAGCUGCAGCGCGUGCUAGAGUUAUUGUCGGUAAAAGAUCGACUGGAUGCUACGCUCGAGCUUUUGAAGAAGGAGGUGGAGAUUGGGAAGCUGCAGGCGGACAUUGGGAAAAAGGUUGAGGACAAAAUUUCAGGCGAUCAGCGAAGGUACUUCUUGAUGGAGCAGUUGAAAUCCAUCAAGAAGGAGCUCGGGAUGGAGCGAGACGAUAAAACUGCACUUAUCGAGAAGUUCACCAAGAGGUUCGAGCCCAAGCGCAAGAGUGUGCCGGAGGAGACGGUGAAGGUGAUUGACGAGGAGCUUCAAAAACUCAGCGGUCUCGAGCCUUCGUCCAGCGAGUUCAACGUCACGAGAAACUACCUCGAGUGGCUCACGUCACUUCCUUGGGGUGUGUGCGGCGAUGAGAAACUCGACAUCGCGCACGCGCAGGAAGUGCUGGACGCUGAUCACUACGGAUUAGAAGACGUCAAGGACCGCAUCUUGGAAUUCAUCGCCGUCGGUCAGCUGCUCGGGACGACGCAAGGAAAAAUCAUUACCAUGGUCGGCCCGCCAGGAGUUGGAAAGACGUCCAUCGGGCAAUCCAUCGCAAAGGCACUCGGGCGUAAAUUUUACCGCUUCUCAGUGGGUGGCAUGAGCGACGUCGCGGAGAUCAAGGGUCACCGACGCACGUACGUCGGAGCGAUGCCGGGCAAACUGAUUCAGUGCCUGAAAUCGACGGGCGUCUGCAAUCCGGUGGUUUUGAUUGACGAAAUCGACAAGCUCGGACGUGGGUACCAGGGGGAUCCGGCGAGCGCGCUGCUAGAGCUGCUCGACCCCGAACAAAACGGCACGUUCUUGGAUCACUACCUCGACGUGCCGGUGGAUCUGAGCAAGGUGUUAUUCGUGUGCACGGCGAACGUCCUGGACACCAUCCCCGGGCCUCUGCUGGAUCGCAUGGAGGUUGUACGUCUGUCAGGCUACAUCACCGACGAAAAGGUGCAAAUCGCCCGCACGUACCUCGAGAAGGCGGCGAAGGGAAAGAGCGGACUGUCUGAUUUCGACGCGACCAUCACCGAUGAGGCGAUGUCAAAGCUCAUCGGCGACUACUGCCGCGAAGCGGGCGUGAGAAACUUGCAAAAGCAUCUCGAAAAGGUGUACCGCAAGGUGGCGCUCAAGGUGGCUCGCGCAAAGAGUACGGACACGACUCUCGAUCCCAUCGUCAUCGACGUCGACGAUUUAGUGGAUUACGUAGGCCAACCCCCGUUCCAAACGGACCGCAUUUACGACGAAACUCCGCCGGGGGUCGUCACUGGAUUGGCUUGGACCGCGAUGGGAGGGAGCACGUUGUACAUCGAGUGCACCUCGGUGGAGUCGGGUGAGGGUAAGGGCUCGCUGAAAACGACGGGUCAGCUCGGAGACGUGAUGAAGGAGUCGAGCGCCAUCGCGCACACUUUCACUCGAGGUUUCCUUCAAUCGAAGGAUCCCGGAAACGACUUCCUUCAAAAGACAUCUUUGCACGUGCACGUGCCCGCCGGGGCGACGCCAAAAGAUGGACCAUCCGCUGGUGUAACCAUCACCACGAGUCUGCUCUCGCUCGCCAUGGACAAGCCAGUGAAACCUAACCUGGCGAUGACGGGCGAGCUCACUCUCACAGGACGCGUGUUGCCCGUCGGAGGAAUCAAAGAGAAGACCAUCGCCGCGCGACGAAGCGGGGUGAAAACCAUCAUCUUCCCGCAAGGCAAUAAGAAGGAUUACGAUGAGCUCUCGGAAGAUAUUCGCGAGGGCCUGGAGGCUUGUUUCGUGUCCACGUACGACGAGGUGUAUCGACACGCGCUCGACUGGGAUCGGUGA